UAAAAAUUAGCGAGAAGAUAAUUUGCGGGGGAAGAUGUGGGCUUAUGCCAAAUGCGGAGAGAACAGCUGAGGGUUUUUACGCAUUAGAGGUAGGAACGAAUUUCUUUUUUUGCUUUGAUGAUAUCAUCUCGGCCAAAUAUUCCUUUCCAAGGUUGAAAGAGCUACCCAGUAACUAAUAAUAUUACUAACUCCAUCUGCUCACGAGCCCAUGUAUACCUGUAAUUAGCAUCUCGACAUGGGCUUCGUUCCCAAGUAUCACUUUAGCGUCCUAACUCAACAUCACGAUGAGCAUGACCUGACCUGACCGUACGUCCCAGCCACCGACCGAAUUGGGGCAUAAGCAAACUACCCCGCAAGGAAAAAAAAAAAAAUCCCAGCUUCCAACUUCUUCGAUAGCUUCUAGGCUCAGGUAUAUAUACGUGGAAGGGCUAGGCGACUCUAAGAAAUUGGAUACUGCCAGGAUUGUCCUCCUUCUAUAGCACGUUCGAAUUUAUAUACGUACCUAGGUACCCAGGUGCUCUUUAUGUGCUCGGUGCUCGGUGACCUAGCUCUCGUCGUCUUCUUCAGGUGUAUGUCUUCAUAAACACACUUAGAGCUUGACGUAAUAGGAAGACGCACUAUGGCGAGCAUUCGACGCGUAACGGUAGCAUUAGCUAUCGCCUCGUCUUCUGUAGUUCACGGUCUCUACCAGAACGGCUCCACCGUCACGCCUUGCGACUCGCCUCUAUACUGCCACGGUGAAGUCUUAGAGCAGAUCGAACUUGCUCAACCCUUCUCCGAUUCUAAGACCUUCGUAGACUUGCCGACAAAGGUACCAUUGGAUGAGGUCCUCGCCGCAUUUAACAAGCUUACUAAGCCACUCAGCAAUAAUACGGAGCUCAACGACUUUCUAUCCACUUACUUCGGCGAAGCUGGGUCAGAACUCGCUCAAGUUGCCACGGACCAGUUAGAGACAGAUCCUGUCUUUCUUGAUAAUAUUGAAGAUUCCGUGAUUAAACAAUUUGUGGAGAAGGUCAUCAACAUUUGGCCUGAUUUAACUCGGACAUACGUGGGUGCCGGCAAUUGUACGGGGUGUGUCGAUAGCUUCAUUCCAGUCAACCGUACCUUCGUGGUUGCUGGUGGUCGGUUCAGAGAAUCCUAUUACUGGGAUUCAUUUUGGAUCAUCGAAGGUUUAUUGAGGACUGGCGGCAGCUUCACUGAAAUCUCCAGGAAUAUCAUUGAGAACUUCCUCGACUUCGUCGAGCAAUACGGUUUCGUACCCAAUGGCGCACGUAUAUAUUAUUUGAACCGCUCUCAACCCCCUCUCCUGACACAGAUGGUCAAGACUUACAUCGACUACACCAAUGACACGAGCCUUCUCAAUCGUGCUCUACCUCUACUCAUUAAGGAGCACGCAUUCUGGAUCGAGAAUCGUACUGUAGAAGUCACCGCAGAGGACAGGACCUUUCAACUAGCCCAUUAUGGUGUUCAAAAUACAGAACCACGCCCGGAGUCGUACCGGGAGGAUUAUAUCACAGCCAACAACAAGUCCUACUACGCGACCUCUGGGAUAAUAUAUCCAGAGUCACAUCCCCUGAACGACACAGAGAAGGCCACACUCUACGCUAACCUUGCUUCAGGCGCCGAAUCGGGGUGGGAUUACAACUCACGCUACAUCGCUACUCCAUCUGAUGCUGCUAAUGACGUCUACUUCCCACUACGUUCCCUAAACACUGCGAACAUCAUCCCCGUAGACUUAAACUCAAUCCUAUACGCCAACGAGAUCACCAUCGCAGAGUACCUUGACAAGACUGGCAACGACACUUUAUCCAUAGAGUUCGGAGAACUAGCUAAGAACCGCUCCGAAGCCAUGUAUACGCUAAUGUGGAACGACAAAUACACGAGCUAUUUCGACUACAACCUUACCUCGAACUCACAAUCAAUCUUUGUUCCAUCGGACUCCGAUACCACACCUGCACAGCGCGCCGACGCUCCUGAAGGACACCAAGUAUUUUUCCACAUCGCGCAAUUCUACCCAUUCUGGCUCGGAGCCGCUCCCCCACAGCUCAAGAAUAAUCCUCUCGCCGUAUCCCUCGCCUACCAACGAGUUGCCGACCUUCUCAAUGAGAAAGCCGGUGGGAUUGCGGCGACGAACUAUCUAACGGGCCAGCAGUGGGAUCAGCCGAAUGUGUGGCCCCCGCUGAUGUACGUAUUAAUGAAGGGUCUGCUCCAGACGCCGGCGACAUUUGGCGAGGAGGACCCGUAUUAUAUCGAGACGCAGAAUCUGUCGCUUAAGUUGGCGCAGCGGUAUUUGGAUAGCACGUUUUGCACUUGGCUUGCGACGGGUGGUUCGACGGAUGAGACGCCUCAGUUAGAUGGUUUCGGGCCCGAGGAUACGGGGAUUAUGUUUGAAAAAUACGCCGAUAACUCUACGAACGUUGCCGGCGGAGGUGGCGAGUACGAAGUCGUUGAAGGAUUCGGAUGGACGAACGGCGUAUUGAUCUGGGCCGCUGAUACUUUCGGCAACAAGCUAACGAGACCCGAUUGUGGCAACUUGACUGCGGCGACUACCACUCAAAAACUAAGGAAGAGGGAUGCUAUCGGUCAACGAGCAGUCGAGCUAUCUCCUUACGAUGCUCGAUGGAUCAAGAAAUUCGGUCGCGCAGCGCAGAAGGCUUAGGAGGCCUCUGGCUCGUUGGUAUUCCGAAUGGAUGAACUAUAGAGGUAGAGGCUCACCUAGUUAAUAUCAUAAUAGGUAGAGUGUAGUAGAGUAGACUUGGUAUAGUAUAUAAUUUGAAUACAUAAUAUAUACUACUCA